AUUCAGCAUACCUACAGUCGACGGCUGGAUGCCUGCCUGUCGACUGGUACGGGUCGAGUGUCCACUGAAACUGGUGACGAUGGUGAAGGAGUGAAGAUGGUGAUGGUGAGUUGGUGACGGUGAAGAAGGCGAAUAGAGGAAGAAGGUGAAGUGAGAGUCAGGAGUAGAGAUGGCAAUGGAUAAAACGGAUUUGGGUCCUAUUUUUUGGAUCCGUCGGAUCCGGCUCUAUGUAGAUCUGGAUCUGGGUCUCAACAAAAUCUGUGCCCAGAUCCGUGGAUCCAAGAGAUCCGUUUUUAUUUUCAAAAAUUCUAUUACAUGCAAGAUCAUGCUCAAUAUUGUAUUGUGCCUGCCUGUGUAUUUAAUUAGAAUGAUAUUGAUGUAGUUAUCAUGUUCUGCGCAAUCUUGUGGAAUCUUAGUAAGUUUCAUCAUGGUAUAUUUGCUAGGAUUUGAAUCCUUUUCACCAGUAUAUCAAAAUUUACUUAUACUACUCUCCAAUACCUUUUUUAAAUUAUUAUUAUUAUUAUUAUAAAUAUCUUCAUAAUAAUUGAAAACGCAUUUGACAAUGCUUUUGCCUACUUCCUGCAGGGGCGGAUCUAUAAUGAGGUCAACGAAUUCAGUUGACAUCACUUAAAUCAAAAAUAAAAUCAGUUAGCAUAAAAUAGCAUAUGUUAGAUUAGUGGUUAGUACUCUCACCUUCCACAAUAUAGACCCAGAUUCAAAACUUACUAAUAACAUUCAUAAAUAUUUUUUUUCUGUUUUUAUUACCCCCAUUAGUUAUCCCCAAUUCCCAAACAAAUUAAAAGCCCAAUGUCCCAUGUCGACACAAUUACAGUCGAAGGCGCAAAGCAACUAAGCAAGACGCCAAGACCCAAACUGAAACGCCCAGACCCUCGGCUCUGUCAUCUGGCCGGCACCGGCGACCGGCGUCCACCACAGCACCACUCCUGACUCCACCACUCCCACCGGCGUCCACCAUUUAUGAUUUGUCUUGUUUAAGAGUUGCAAAUGAAUAGAUAUUUCAAAAGACUUGCUUCCGAAUCACAUUUUCUUUUUAAUUCAAGGUCCAAAAAUUCACUAAGUCCACUUGGAGAAACUCAACACACUCAACAUCAAGCUUCUCAAGUUUCAUUGAAUCAUAACCCUUCUACUCAAAGAAGUAGAGUUGAUGUUAGCACUCUUCCUUCCGACCCUGCCGAUAGGAACCCAAUAUCAUAUUAUGAUGUAAAUGAUCAUGAUGAGAUAAGAAGAGCUUAUAUUCAAAGAGGUCCAUUUCAACCUCACAAAAAAAUCUUAUCUGCAAACUUUAAAGUAUGGAUCUGCACGUCGAUUUAAAGAAGAGUGGUAUCUUUAAGUAUUCUAAUUGCUUAGAAUAUAGUAUUAAAAAUGAUGCUUGUUAUUGCUUGUUUUGUUAUUUGUUUGCAAGCGAAAGUGAAACUUCAAAUUUUCAAGGAGGAGAGGCAUUCACUAGUGUUGGUUUUAGGACUUGGAAUAAUAUUAAAAGAUUUGAUACACAUAUUGGUGGUGUAAAUAGUACUCAUAAUAAAUGUGUAAAAUGAUGUGAAGAUCUUAUGAUGCAAAAUCAAUCCAUACAAGCUGCCUUCAUAAACAAUCUGAGCAAGUUAAGAUUGAUUAUAAGAAUCGUUUGAAUGCAUCUAUAGAUAUUGUUAUAUUACUUUUGAUUUCUAGAUUAUCUCUUUGAGGUCAUGAUGAAAGUGAAACAUCCUUAAAGAAAGGUAAUUUUCUUACUUUCUUAGAGUGUUUUGCUAGAAAAAAUAAAAGUGUUGGUAGUGUUGCUUUGAAAAAUGCUCCCAGUAAUAAUCAAAUGACUUCCCCUUCAAUUCAAAAAGAUAUUAUCAAUGCUUGUUAUAAAGAGACUAUUAAUGCCAUUCUUGAGGAACUUGGAGAUGAUUAUUUUGCUAUUUUAGUAGAUGAAUCCCGUGAUGUGUCUUGUAAGCAACAAAUGGGUCUUGUUUUGAGGUAUGUUGAUAAAAGGGAAUUUAUCAUGGAGAGGUUAGUUGGUCUUGCUCAUGUUACUAGCACUACCGCUAAGUCACUCAAAGGAACAAUUUAUUCUAUGCUUGAUCAGUUAUCUUUGAGUCCAUCUCGUAUAAGGGGGCAAGGUUACGAUGGAGCAAGCAACAUAAGAAGUCAUGUACAUGGGCUUAGGACAUUAAUUCAGGAGGAUUGUUCAUCGGCUCACUAUGUACACUGUUUUGCUCACCAACUUCAGCUCACUCUUGUUAAGGUUGCACAAAAACAUGUUGAUGUUGAGCAUCUUAUUGAUUUACUUCAGCUCACUUUAAACACUAUUGGUUUUUCUUAUAAACGUAGAGAUGAGUUUCGACAAAAACAAGCCGAGAUGGUUGAAAAAACAUUACGUAAAGGUGAGCUUAUAACUGGAAAGAGUUUAAAUCAAGAAGUUGGUCUUCAAAGACCUGGGGAUACUCGUUGGGGUACACAUUAUAAAACCUUUUGCAAUUUCAUUAGUAUGUUUUCACCAAUUGUUGACGUGCUUGAUGCUCUUGUUCUUGCGGGAGAUGAUAAUCUAGCCAAAACUCAAGCUAUUUUAGAUGGUAUUCAAACUUUUGAUUUUGCUAUCACGAUAAAUUUGAUGAAAUUAGUGAUGGGAAUUACAUAUCCAUUUAGUCUAUCUUUGCAAAGAAGAGAUCAAGAUAUUGUAAAUGCUAUAAGAUUGCUUCAUACUGCUAAGAGACAAUUUCAGAUAACUAGGGAUGAAGGUUGGGAUUCUUUGAUGAAUGAUGUGACUUCUUUUUGUGUAAAACAUGAUAUUAAAUUCCUAACAUGGAUGAGCUUGCUCCUUUACGAACUCGAGGAAAAUCAAAGAGAAGACGUUUAGAUGUGACACUUGAGCACUAUUAUCGUGUUAAUGUUUUCUACAUGAUUCUUGAUAUGCAAAUGCAAGAACUUGAUAGUCGUUUUCCUGAGAAUAGUACAGUUACUUAUUGGAAUUGCUUGUUUGAAUCCGACUAAUUCAUUUUCCAAUUAUAACAAAGAGAAGGUACUCAAAAUGGCUAAACUUUAACCCGAUGAUUUUGAUGAUCUGGCCAUUGACUGUCUUAGUUUUGAGUUAGAUGCUUUUGUUGGUAAUUUUGCAACUGAUGAGAGAUUUUCAAACUUGGCCACUAUUGGUGAACUCUCUAAAACGUUGGUCCGUACCAAUUUAUAUAAGUCGUGCCCAACUUUUUUUAAGCUUCUGAAGUUGGCGUUGAUUUUGCCGGUAUCCACUGCGACCGGUGAAAGAGUGUUCUCUGCAAUGAAGUUUAUCAAGUCCGACUUACGCAACAAAAUUUGUGAUGAGUUUUUGAGUGAAGCUAUUGUAACUUAUUUUGAGUGUGAUUUGUUUCAAAGUUUGUCAAAUGAUGACAUUAUGCGUCACUUUCAAAAUAUGAAAACGCGACGUGGGCAUUUGCCUUAAUUUAUUCAAUGGUGAUUGUAAUUUUUUUUAUUAUUGACAUCACUUCUUUUUUUUUUCUGGAUCCGCCACUGGAAAGUUUUUGAUAUUCACAACCAAGCAACAAUGCACAAUA